AUGAAGUGCCUCCUCGUCCUCUUAGCCACUAUCUCGUGCACGUUUGCUGGAGUUGGAUUCAAACAGUCUGUCGCCGUGAAGGGUCGUCUGAUUUGUAAUGAUGGGCCGGCGAAGGAUGUGAGAGUGAAGAUGUAUGAUAAGGAUGUUUUGAUGGACACGAAAUUGGACGACAAGACUACUGAUGGAAAUGGGGAGUUCUACUUGACAGGAGGAGAUUCGGAAAUUAGCUCCAUUGAUCCACGUGUCAAUAUUUAUCAUGAUUGUGAUGAUGGAUGGACGCCAUGCCAACGUCGUCUGACUGUCGGCGUUCCAGACAAGUACAUCACCAACGGUGACAAACCGACAAAAGUUUUCGAUCUCGGUACCAUUCAACUGGCUGGAAAAUGGGUUGGAGAGACUCGUGACUGUAUUCACAGACAUUAA